UUUCCAUUUUGUCGCAGUUUCACGCGGCGUCAGGAGGAGCGGUGUAUUAAAAUCCUUUACCGCCACGCAACUUUCGAGGCCGACGACUUAGAAGUCAACUUAUAUCUGCCUUUGCCUUGCUGUGUACGUUCGCGGCUGAGGGAUUCUUAAAGCUAAUUCUGUGUUUUCUGACGAGGGUUUCAACAGCCAAACCUGAAGAAGUCGGUCUUCGACUUCUGGAACAAUCGUGCGCCGAGGUGAAUUAAUGUUCAGCUCGGCUUCACGAGAGAACGACGCAAAUUGGCACAUGAAAACCUCAUACUGCGCACACAAAGGUAGACACAAAGCUACUUCGAGGACGUGGGGCCCGACCGGAGGAGAACGAUUAAAGAGGAAUCUCUGUUCUGUGACAACAAAGAGGUGACACGUAUUGCAAAAUCAGUAUGGUAGGAGAGAGGUACAACAUUCCAGUUUCCCAUCAUGAGCGUCCCUGGCCUAAGAAGAACCACCAGAUCAGCCGGGGGAAGCAGAGAGGUCGAGAGCAUAAUGGAGCCAUGGCGGUAGCAGCUGCAGGAGUAGCAGGGGGCAUUCACCAUCAUGGCCAUCGCUGGAGCGACAAGCGCGCUGCCUACCACAGGUCUCCCGAGGCACGGCAGGCCGUGUCCACGGAGAAAAAUACUUCAGCUCGUUGUGCCGCCAACUACCCACAGAACUGGGAGGGUACAGUGUCUUUGUCCCCGCAGCAAGGCAGCAGCUAUGCUGGGCCCAAGUUCAGUGAGCCACCUUCACCCAGCAUGUUGCCAAAACCUCCCAGCCACUGGGUGCCAUUACCACUGAGUUCUGACAACAGGGCACUGAUGGCCUUCCAGCUCAAGAGCCUCCUAAAGGUGGAAGUGUGUUAGGAAGUCCCUCAGUUGUUCUUUAAACAAAACAAA